GCUAACGUAAACACAGGUAGGCCAGCAGACGAGAUUUGUCGUCCAAUUGGUGGAGUCGCCGAACCUUAUACGGACUACCGUGACACGCAGCUUUGCUACUUUGUGGGAUACACUUUUAUUUCAGUACCGCCGUGGAUUAUAUGUGUACAAGGUGCCCCGUAACUUACCGUAACACUUGGAUUACAUUAGCACUUGGAUUACAUUAGCACUUGGAUUAUAUUAGCACUUGGAUUAGAUCAGCACUUGGAUUAGAUCAGCACUUGGAUUAUAUUAUCACGUGGAGCACUACCACAGCGUGAGUCCAGUCUACUUGGAGGUCCGCGCCACAAUGAGGCAGUGCUAGUCCCGUGUGGACCACCGAGAUGUCCACGCUAGAGACGCAGAACUUUGAGAAGGGCCGCAUCAAGGCCCUGCAAGACGAGAGGGUUUUUAUACAGAAGAAAACAUUCACAAAAUGGGCAAACGCCUUCCUCGAGAAGGUACGGAUGGAGAUCAGGGACCUGUUCACAGACCUGGCCGACGGGAAGAUGUUGAUGAAACUGCUAGAGAUCAUCUCAGGUGAAAACCUGGGCAAGCCCAACAAAGGUCUGCUGCGUGUACAGAAGGUGGAGAACCUUAACAGGUGCCUCAAGUUUCUAGCCACCAAGGUGUACUUUGAAAACAUUGGCGCUGAAGACAUUGUGGACGGCAACCCGAGGUUGAUACUCGGCUUGAUCUGGACCAUCAUCCUCCGCUUUCAGAUCCAGGAGAUCAUCAUUGAUGUGGAUGAAGAGCAUGAGGAUAGUGAGAAGCGAUCAGCCAAGGAUGCCUUGUUGUUGUGGUGCCAGAGAAAAACUGCUGGGUAUCCAGGUGUCAACAUCACCAACUUUACCACAAGCUGGAGAAAUGGACUGGGAUUUAAUGCCCUCAUUCAUGCUCACAGACCUGACAUAAUUAACUACAAUGGCCUUGACCCUGCUGACCACAUGGGGAACCUGAACAAUGCAUUUGAUGUGGCAGAUAAACAGCUGGGUAUUCCAAAGAUCCUGGAUGCUGAAGAUGUUGAUGUCAACCGCCCAGAUGAAAAGAUUAUCGUCACGUACGUCGCCUCCUACUACCACUACUUUGCUAAAAUGAAGAGUGAGAUGACUGGAGGAAAGAGGAUUGCUAAGAUUGUUGGCAUGAUGAGAGAUGUCCAGAAGAUGCAAGAUGAUUAUGAAAGUCUGACCUCCAACCUUUUGGCCUGGAUCAGAGAGAAGAUUAAAUCACUGAACAAUCGGGAUUUCCCCAACUCUCUGGAGGGCAUACAGAAAGAGUUGAUCGCAUUUAAGGACUACAUGACAGUAGAGAAACCACCAAAAUAUCGUGAGAGAGGUAAUGUUGAAGUCCAGUACUUUAAUGUUCAGGCCCGUUUGAAAGCCAAUGGACAAAAACAAUACCUGCCACCAGAGGGCAUGCUCAUCCACGACAUCGAGACAGCCUGGAUGCAGCUGGAGAAAUGUGAGCAUGGGAGGGAGGUGGCUCUCAAGGACGAGCUCAUCAGGCAGGAGAGGCUGGAACAGUUGGCCAGGCGCUUUCAAAGAAAGGCGACCAUCAGAGAAAGCUGGUUGACUGACAUGGAGCAAAUUCUACAAGAAAACAUUGUUUGUAGCAAUGCUGCACAGACAGAAGCAGCAGUAAAAAAACACGAGGCAAUCAGUGCUGAAAUCCUGGCCAGAAAAGACAGGUUCCGUGCUCUGAAUAGUCUGGCCAAUGAACUGGUUCAAGGCAACUUCAGGGCCAAAGACAAGGUGAAGGACAGGGACCAGGAGGUGAUGAGGAGAUGGAAGGCACUACUGGACAAGCUGGACUCAAGGAAGGCAACUCUGUCAGGCUUCAACAAUCUGAUGGCCAUGUUCAGGGAGAUAGAGAGUAUCACAGAGGAACUGCUGGAGGUGGAGGCUCGAGUCAAGUCUGAUGACCAGCCCAAACACCUACAAGCCACUGAGGAUCUCCUGCAGAAACUGGCCCUCCAAGAGGCUCAGCUGCAGGCCCUGACACUCAGGAUUGGUCGGCUCAACAGACGGUCAUCUCAGUAUGGCGAGGCUGGUCAAGCUGAGGCUCAACAUCUGGACAAUAAGUUAGAUGGCUUGAACAAGAAUUUGGCCAGGGUGCAAGCUUUAAUCAACGAGAAGAAAGUCAAGUUGGAGACAGCCAAACGUUACUACCAGUUUCUGGAGGACACGGAGCAGGAGGAGAGGUGGGCAGCUGAGAAACUGGAGGAGGUCAGGUCCACCAACGUUGGGAAGGACCUGAACGCUGGACUUCUUCUCUUAAAGAAACAUGAGGCUCUGGAAGCUGAAAUGCAAGGCAGAUGGCGCAGGUGUGAGCAGAUAUGUGCCACUGGUCAAGACUUGGUCAACCAAGGCCAUCCAGCCCGGUCAGAGAUUGGCUCCAGGAUCAAAUCUUUAAUGGACAAAUGGAACCAGCUGCAAGACGCAGCUACUGCCAGAAAAACAAGAUUGGAGGAUGCUAUUGAGGCCCAGCAGUACUAUGCAGAUGCAGAUGAAGCAGAUUCCUGGAUGAAAGAAAAAAUGCCUCUUGUCUGCAGCGAUGACUAUGGUAAAGAUGAGGCUAGUGCCCAGGCCUUGCUGUCCCGCCACAACCGACUGGACCAAGACAUCCGAGCCUUCAACACAGAGAUCAAGAGGCUGGAGGAGCUUUCUGUUCUCAUGACCAAGGCAGCCAAUGAACACAAUAUAUCUCCAGCCAAAUUCCUGCCUGUGGAGAAUGGCGAGCAGGUGGACGGGGAGGUGGAGGAAGAUGAAGAGGAGGAGGAGGUCAUCCAAGUGCCUAAAGAGGUGGAGGUGGAGGAAAUAGUGGAGAGAGAGAUCCUCCAGGACGUCGUAGAGACUCGCAAAAUUCCUCAGGUCAAGGCCAUGUAUGCUUAUAAAGGUCAAGGAUUUUCUGUGGACAAAGGGGAGGUUCUGAUCCUCCUCCAACGCACCAACAACGACUGGUGGCAAGUGAGAAGAGCGGACGCCUCGGAAGGAUUUGUCCCGGUCAACUAUGUGAAGGAAGUGGAGCCCAAGGUGGUCCAGAAGGUGGUCAAGCAACCCGUCAUGGUCCCGGAAAAAGUCAUGGUCAAGAAAACAAUUAUGAAAAAAGAAGUGGUCAAGAAAAAGAAGAAGAAAUCAGCUAAACUGCGCCGCGCCCCCUCAGUGCGCUCUAAAGGAAACCUCCACUUCGACAAAGACAAUGUUGAGACCAGGCAGAGAGGGUUAUCUAACCAGUACACUAAACUCAGCAAGCUUUCUCAGGCAAGGAAAGUGAGUCUGGAUGAUGCAGUAAAGCUUUUCCAUUUCUUCAGUGAAUGUAACGAGUUCGAGUCUUGGAUGAAAGACAAGGAAGUUCUACUCAACAGUAAAGAAAGUCUGGCUGAAGACAUGGAAGCUGUGAAGAAAAAAUUAGAGAACCUGCUGACCAGUCUGGCCGCCAACAAAGGUCGGCUGGACGGCAUCAACCAGCUGGCAGAGACCAUCAUACAGUCUGGCAGCUCUCAAAAGACAAAAGUUAAACAGAGACAACAAGAAAUCAAUGACAGAUGGGCCAAACUGAACAAGCUGAAAAUUGAGAAAGAAAAAAAUCUGAAGGGAGCAUCCAGCAUUGAGAUGUUCAAGUCCAUCUGUGAUGAGUUGGCUGAGUGGAUCAAAGAGAAGAAAAAUGCCCUGGCUAACGAUGGACUGGCCUCUGACCUCAAGGGGAUUGAAGCCCUACAGAGGAAACAUGCUCAAUUGGAAAGAGAAUUAAUCCCAAUGGAUGAAAAGAUGAAGAGAAUGGAUUUCUUGGCUGAUUCAGUGAGAUCCUCCUACCCAGAUGAAGCUGGAUAUGUUGACCAGAGGCAGAAAAAUAUUGCUGGAGACUGGAACUCCUUGAAAGACCUGUCCAAGUCGCGCAAAGAAAAUCUGGACAGUGCCAACAGUCAACAGAGAUUCAACGAUGAUGCUAAAGAUUUGCUGUCUUGGGCCAGCGGUGUGAAGAGAACUUUGGCCAGUGCAGAAAAACCCCACGACAUCAAGAGUGCUGAGGAGAUGCUGAAGGCCCAUGAUGAGGUGCUGGAUGACAUCAAGUCUCACAAGGCCAAACUGAAGUCAACCAUAGACCUAGGUAAAGACAUCAUCUCUAAGAACAGAAACGCCCAGGAUGUGAAGGACAAGGUCAAGAAGCUGGAGGAGGAGGAGAGGGCCAUCAACAACCUGUGGGCGGCCAGACAGAAAGAUCUCAUGGAUGCUUACAACCUGCAGGUGUUCAACAGAGAAGCUGACCAAAUUGAUGCCAUCACCAGCGGCCAUGAAGCAUUUUUGGAAUAUGAUGACACUGGGAGUACAGUGGGUGACGUGGAGGGUUUAUUCAGACGUCACGCAGACUUUGAAAAAAAACUAAAAGCUCAAGAUGAAAAGGUCAAGGCCUUGAAUGAGUUGGCCGACAAACUGGUCAAAGAAGGUCACCCAGACAGUGAUAAAAUUGACAAGCGUAGGAAGGAAGUUCUGGCAAGACGUCAAAAAGCCAAGGACAAGGCCAAAGAGAGACACGAAACAUUGCUGGCCUCACAAGCUUUCCAAAAGUUCAAGCGAGAUGCUAACGAGCUAUCAGACUGGAUCAAAGAGAAGAUGAAAACAGCCACAGACGAGUCCUACAGAGAUUUGAGCAAUCUGAUGGCCAAGUUACAGAAACAUGCAGCAUUUGAAGCGGAACUCAAGGCAAACAAUGAGCAACUCAAGGGACUUAACAAUACUGGCAACUCCCUGAUUUCUGAGCGCCACCCCAAGUCUGACGAGGUGAAGAAGGUUCUGGACAUCCUCAACAAGCAGUGGAAGGAGCUGAGCGAUAAAGCUCAAGAUAAAGGGAACAAACUCAGACAGGCCUCUGCCCAGCACACACUUAACAGAGCGCUGGAUGAUGCCCAGGCUAAGUUGGAUGAGAUGCAGAAGUCUUCCAAUAAUACUGACCUGGGCUCUGAUCUGAGAGGUGUGAAAAAACUUUUGAAGAAACACCAGAACCUGGAGAAUGACCUGGCCAGCUUGUCUGAGACCAUCAAGGACAUUGUCAGUCAGGGCAAGCAGAUGGCAGACUCUGGUCACUUCAACUCAGCCAACAUCAAAUCUGCCGUCGAGGAGUUCAAUCGAAGAUUUGAGCGUCUGAAGCCUGCUGUCAAUCUACGUAAAAGUAAGCUUGAAGAAUCUCUAGAAUAUCACCAGUUCCUGUUUGAUGCUGACCUGGAACUUCAGUGGAUCAAAGACCAUCUUCCUUCAGCAGCUUCUGUUGAAUAUGGCAAAAAUCUCGUGGAUGCGCAAAAACUCCACAAGAAACACCAGGAUUUAGACAGAGAAAUUCUAGGACAUCAAGUGGCCAUAGACAAAGUGACCACUGAGGGUGACCGCUUGAUAGCUGCCCACCACAACAAUGCCAAGUCCAUUCGGGACAAGAACCAGGAGUUACAGCUCUCUUGGGAUGAUCUUCUCAAGAAAUCCAAAAGCCGAAAGAAAAACUUGGAUAUUUCCCUGCAGACCCAGAGGUACUUUUCUGAAAUAGCAGAAGUUGAUGCUUGGAUCAAUGACAAGAUGGCUUUAGUGACCAGUGAGGACUUUGGUAAAGAUGAAAGUGCUGCUGACAAACUUCUGGCCAAAAAUAAUGUUCUUGAAACAGACAUCCAGACCUACCAGAACAUAGUCAACGGGUUAGCUAAAGAAUCAAGCCGGCUCUUUAAGCUGGGCUACUCUGACCCUCAGGCACUGAGGAAAGCUCAGGAACAACUCCAAGACAACUUGAACAAGUUGAAAAGAUUGGCAGCUGAAAGGUGCCAUUUGCUGGAGAGGUCCAAGCGCCUUCAUGCUUACAUGAGGGAGGCUGAUGAGAUAGAGGACUGGAUCAAUGAACAAAUGCAAACUGCCACUUCAGAGGAAUAUGGCCAGGACUAUGAACACCUUGAAAUACUGCGCAGCAAGUUUGAUGAAUUCAAGCGACAGGUGGAGGCUAGAACAGAGAGGUUCCAAAACUGUGAGCGAUUGGCCAAGUACCUGAUAGAUGACCGAGGUCCACACACCAAAGAUGUAACAGACAGACAAGAGAGCAUUAGAAAAAGAUGGAAUGAUCUUCUUGAGAACAUCCACAACAGAGACCUGAAGCUUCUGGGUGCUGGAGAGAUCCACAGGUUCAACAGGGAUGUGGAGGAUGCUCUAUCCAGAAUACAGGAGAAGAGCUCCAGCAUCCCAGACGACCUGGGCAGGGACUACAACUCUACCCUCACCUUCCUCAAGAAACACGAGGCCUUUGAAAAUGAACUUGUGGCCUUAGAAGGACAGCUUCAGGUCUUGAUGGACGACUCCAAGCGCCUGCAAGAAGACUACCCUGGGGAAAAUGCUGACCAAAUCGCCCAGCUGCAAUCAGCUGUCAUUGAUGACUGGGCAGAGUUACAGACCAAAGCUGACCAGAGGAAGAUCAUGCUGCUGGCAGCUGCAGAUCUGCACAAGUUCCUGGCCAGUGCCCGUGAUCUACUGGGUUGGGCCAAGGAAACAGAACGUGAAAUGAAGAUUGACCACAAUGUACGAGACGUCAAUGCUGCAGACAUGCUGAGACAAAGACACGAAGAAAUCCGUGCUGAGAUCGAGGCUAGGCAAGACACAUUUGAUGCUGUCAUCAACGCUGGCUUCACACUCAUCACCAACAACCACUACGCUAGGGAUGAGAUAAAAUCUAAAGUGAAAGAGGUUGAAGAUGCCAGGGAGAGGCUACAAAAUAUCUGGAUUGAAAGAAAAGAUCUGUACGACCAGGUGUAUGACCUCAACAUAUUCCUGAGAGAUACAGAGCUGCUAAACAGGAUCAGCGCAACACAGGAGGUUUACCUGAGCAGCCCAGACCUAGGGGAGAGUGUGGAGCAGGUGGAGACACUGAGCAGGAAACACGAGGCUUUUGAAAAGGUUUUGGAUGUCCAGAAGGACAAGUUGAAGAGUGUGACAGAGCACGGUCAGCAGUUGAUUGACACGGAACAUUUCCAGGCUAGUCAUGUCAAGCAGACAAUGGCAGAUAUUAAGGCCAGACGAAAGAACAUCCAUGAGGAGUCAGCCAUAAAGAAAGGCAAGCUGCAAGACUCACUGUUGUACCAGCAGUUUUGUAGAGAUGAGAACGAGGCUGAGCAUUGGAUCAAUGAGAGGCUCCACGUUGCCUACGAGGAUGACUUUAAAGAUGUGACUGACCUGUACGAUAAAAUGAAGAAGUUACAAAAACACCAAGCUUUCCAUGGCGAGAUAGUGGCAAACACUGAUCGCAUUAACAGCAUUAUAGCGGUCGGAGAACUUCUAAUCAAGAAACAACACCGAGAACAAAAGGAGAUAAAAAAAUCAAUUCAGGGUUUAUCUGGCAAGUGGAGUGAACUGCUGGCAGCCUCAGCCAACAGGGGGAAGGGCCUGGAGGAGGCUAAGGACAUUCUGGAGUUCAUGGAGCAGGUGGACAAGGUCCUGCUCUGGGUCAAGGAGAAGGAGUCCUUGGUCCAACAGAACGACCUGGGCAGGGACUACGAACAUUGUCUGGAGCUGCAGAAGAAGGUCAACAAUCUGGAGUCAGCAGGUAUCACUGUGGAUGAGAAGAGAAUCCAGGCCAUUAACAACCUUGCUGACAGGCUGAUAGCUCAAGGUCGCACUGACACUCAGCAGGUCAAAGAAAAACGAGCCGACAUGAACAAAAAGUGGCAGAACCUGCAGGGUGCCCUCAACGACUACAAAGCCCGCCUGUCCGCUGCGCUGGAAAUCCAUGGCUUCAUCCGAGAUGUGGAUGACAUCAAUGGACGCAUCCAUGAGAAGGCCCAGCUCUUGUCAAAUGAGGACCUGGGCAAAGACCUGCAGGCUGUUGAGGCCCUACAGAGGAAACAGGAGGAGGUGGAGAGGGACAUGACAGCCUUACAGAACCAAUUAGAGAAACUUGAGAGCCAGGCAAACAAACUGAAGCAGACGUACAAAGACCGAGCCAAAGAAAUAGAGUUGAAGAAACAGGAGGCUGAAGACAACUGGGAGAGACUGGAAGAUUUAGCAGACGCCAGGAAAGCCAAACUGGCAGCGUCAUACAAACUACAGAAGUUCCUGUCAGAUGCCAGAGAACUGAUGGGCUGGUCGAAUGACAUGACCAGUAAAAUGAACGCCCAGGAGCUGGCCAAGGAUGUGUCUGAGGCAGAAAACAUGCUGCAGAUGCACAACGAAAGAAAGGCUGAAAUUGAAGGCCGUAAAGCCCACUUUGCCAGAAUCAAGGAAGAUGGCAACAAUUUAAUCAACAGUAAACAUUAUGCCAGUGAGGAGAUACAGAAGGUGGUCAAGCAGCUGGACACAACCAGGCUUACCCUCUCUGGUGCUUGGGAGAAGAGGAACAACCUGCUGACCCAGUGUCAUAACCUGCAGAUCUUCAAGGAGACAGCUGAGCAAGCUGAGGCUUGGAUAGGGACAAAAGAAGCUUUCCUGGCUAAUGAGGAUGUUGGGAACACACUGUACAGUGUUGAAAGCUUGAUAAAGAAACAAGAAAACUUUGAGAAAACCACCAGAGCCCAAGAAGACAGGGUAGAAGAGCUGAAGCAGUUUGCCUCUGACCUGUGUGCUGACCAGCACUACGCCACUGAUGAGAUCAACGCACGCUGCCAGCAAGUCCUCAACAGGAGGAAACGGAUGUGGGAAUCUUCUGAGGCUCGCAAGAAGAAGUUAAUAGACUCUCGGAACUACCAGCUCUUCCUCAGGAACCUCUAUGAUGUGGCCAGCUGGAUCAAUGAGAAGCUGCAAGUGGCUCUGGACGAGUCCUACAGGGACCCUACCAACCUCCAGGCCAAGCUGCAGAAACACUCGGCGUUUGAGGCGGAGCUGUCUGCAAACAGAAACAGGGUGGACGCCAUUGUAGAGGAAGGCCGGGGGUUGAAAGAAGAGAAACAUUAUGCCAGUUUGGACAUUCAGAAAAAGUUGGAAGAGCUCGAGUUGUCCUGGCAGUCCCUGAUUGCUGCAAGUGCUGAUAAAAAGGACAGGCUGCAGGACGCCUACCAGGCCCUGCUCUUCAACAGAGUGGUAUCAGACCUAGCAGUGUGGAUGGAGGAAGUAGAAAACCACCUGAUGUCAGAGGAUCAUGGGAAAGAUCUCAGCUCUGUCAACAGUUUACUCAACAAACAUCAGCAACUAGAACAGGACAUCGCGUCCCACAAAGAGAAGGUGACCGAUGUGAUGGACGCUGCUCAAGUUUUUAAAGAAAGUAAACAUUUCAUGAACAAGGAGCUACAGGCAAGGGCAAGGGAGAUCUCAGACAAGUACAACUCCCUACAAGAGCCCUGCCACAUCCGGAGAGAAAACCUGGAAGAAGCCAGGAGGAUGUACCAGUUCUUCAGGGACGUGGAGGACGAGCUGGCCUGGAUACAAGACAGACGUCCCAUGGCAGAGUCCCAGGACCUGGGCCACUCGCUCAGUUCAGUGCAGAAUUUGAUGAAAAAACAUCAGGCCUUGGAGUCAGAAAUCGUGGCCCAUGAGCCCCUGAUUGAGACGGUCGCUACAUCUGCCCAGCAGAUGAUCCGCAGCAAACAUUUUGCAGCCAAUGACAUCCAGUCCAAACUGGACAACCUACACAAGAAUCUCUCAGAGCUGAAGAAAAAAACUUCAGACAGGAAAAAUCGUUUGAGGGAUGCCCUGGAGGCCCAGAAGUUUUAUACAGAGGUCAAUGAACUGGAGCAGUGGAUGAAUGAGAAACUUCCACAGCUGACCAGUCCAGACUUGGGCAAGGAUGAGGACUCAGUGCUGGCACUGACCAAAAAACUUGACGCCCUUGAGAGAGAUAUUGACAACUUUGCUAACAGCAUAGGAGAGUUGUCAGCCCUUAGUAGAACACUGACAGACAGGCAGCACUACGAUUCAGACAACAUUAAACAAACACAGGCUAAGAUAGAGAGCCAGUACUCCAAACUUCAGGACUUGACCACACAGAGGAGGAAGCAGCUGCUGGACAGUAAACGACUCUUUGAGUUUUACCAUCAAGCAGACGCAGUAGAGACUUGGAUUGCUGACCGGAUAGUGAUUGCAUCAUCAGAAGAUUAUGGUCAGGAUUUAGAACAUAUCGAGGUCCUCCAACAGAGGUUUGAUGACUUCUUGCAUGACCUGAGCAGUAACGAGGACAGGGUGACCCAGCUGGUGACCACUGGUCAAGCUAUGGUUGAUGCAGGUCACUUCAAGGCUAAUGGAAUCCAGAGUAAAAUGAAGGACAUUACAGGCCAGUGGGCAGAGUUAAAGGAAAUUGCUCAAGCUCGUCAAGAUGCACUUGGUGGUGCUAAAGAAGUUCACAUGUACGGCCGGGAUGCUGAUGACACAUUAGAGUGGAUCCAAGAGAAAGACUUGAUUGUCAGCAGUGAGGACUUUGGCCAUGACCUUGAGAGCAGCCAGGCACUGAUCAGCAGACAUGAAGUCCUUGAGAGAGACAUGGCUGCCAUAAGUGACCAGGUGGAGAGUAUCACCAAAGAGGCCGAGCGUCUGAUCAGCACCUACCCAGACGCCCAGGAGCACAUAGCAGCCAAACAUGAGGAGAUGGUGGGGGCGUGGAACAAGCUGGUGGAGAAGGCUGCUGUCAGGAAGGAGAAACUGUCUCAGGCUGAACAGCUUCAGCUCUACUUCAAUGACUACAGGGAGCUGACAGCCUGGGUCAGUGAGAUGAUGGCCAUCAUUACAGCUGACGAGUUGGCCCACGACCUCCCAGGAGCUGAGGCCAUGAUCACACGCUACAAGGAACACAGAGCUGAAGUGGACAGCAGGAAAGAGGCUUUCAGCAAAUUUCAACAGACUGGUCAAGCCUUUAUUGAUGAAGGUCACUUUUUAUCUGAUGAGAUAGAAGAAAAAAUCCACCAGCUGGACAAAUCUUAUGAGGGUCUCAUUAGAACUCUAGAACACAGGAGGAAUUUACAUGAGAAGAAUCUGGAAGCUCAGAGACUGCGCCAUGAGAUUGAGCAGAUCGAGGCCUGGAUGAACCUCAGGGAGCCUCUGAUUAAAGGAGCCAAGAAAGGCGAGUCCAUCCAGGAAGUGGAAGAGCUGCUCAGGCGUCAUGCGGACUUCGAGAAGACAGUCGAUGCUCAGGAGGAACGGGUCAACAACCUUUGCAGAGACAAGGUGGAUAAAGCUGUUAGACAGCAGAAACUUCUAGAACAACAACAGCAAGUGGAAGAUGAAGCAAGGAGAGAGAAGGAAAGGUUAGACGACCUCAGACGCAAAGAACAGGAGAGAAUUUUGGAGGCCCAGAUAAACGAGAGACGAAGGGAAGACGAACACAGGAAAGCUAAAGAAUUUUUGCUGCGUCGUCAGAUGGAAGAAGAUGAAAACACAAGGAAUGAGGACAAACUGGACAGGUCAACAGUGAAAAAUUUGAUUGGUAGAUCACAGAGUAUAAAAAUAGCAGCCAGACCGGAGGGCUCAAAACAAGAUGUUCAAAGGGCAGUCAGUUUUCGUACACGGUCAGAUCAUCCAACCUCACCUACCAUUUCUCUGCCUAAAGCUGCCAACUUCAAGCAGACCAGUCUUGAUGAGCAUCUCUCAUCCCCUGAAGACAAAGCUGAACCUGUGUGGACAAAAGCAUCACCACCAUCAUCUCCACCAACAUCACCUAGGGCUGCUCCAGCUGAUGGAGAUCUAACCCUGCCAUCACCAAAAAAUAUUUCUUUGACUGAAGAAGAUGAGACAUCUGCCCCUGAACUGCCCAAUGCCCCUGCCCCUGAACUGCCAAAUGCCCCUGCCCCUGAGCUGCCCAAUGCCCCACCACCUACUUCACACCCCAAGCCAAAGCCUCGCAAUACAAGUCCUGGUCCUACCUCUCCUUCUUACCAGAUGAAAGGCAACUUAUCUCCUCCUCUGAGUCCAACAGGAAUGAAGCGUGCAGAGAUUGUUAAAGAUGAGAGCAAGAAAUCAAAGAGAACUCCUAGUUUCAACAUCAGAAGACGUACAAGAAGCUUUAAGGACAAGUACAAGCUGCCAGAGAACUUGCCUGCCCCUGAGCUGGAGGGGGUGGUAGAGCGCAAGCAUGAGUUGCAGGCAGGGGGGAAGAAAGCCACCAUCCGCUCCUGGAAGAACUUCUACACAGUCCUCUUUGGGCAGCUCUUGUGUUUCUUUAAAGAUAAGGAAGCAUAUGGCGAUGGUGUGGCCGCAGCCCCCCCUGUCAACAUCCAUCGGUCCAUCAAUGAAGUGGCCUCUGACUACACCAAGAAACAGAACGUGCUGCGCCUGAGGCUGCAGGAUGGAGCUGAGUACUUGUUAGAGUUCUCUAACACAGAAACCAUGAAAGCCUGGCAUUCAAAGAUCCAGUACUUUGCUGAGCAGGAAUCUAUGCUUGAAGGUCUAAAUCUAGGUCAGCCAGAGCUGCCUCCAGAAGAAGACCUGGACCCAUCCGAGCAGUUUUCACCAUCACUGGACCACACCAGGGAUGCCAGUCCCCCACCACCUGCACACCCACCUCCACAUGAGGCUCCAUCAGCCAAACCUGCUGUACCCCCUAAGCCCCUCCCCAGAACUUUUGAACCAGUACUAGAACAUUCCAGGCAUGUGCAGCUUGAAGGGGGUGUGGUCGUACAUUCCAGGACACCAAGUCUUCCAUCCAAUCAUUCAGAUGAAGAAGAUGGUCACCCUCAGCCAUAUGGAGACAGCAGUCAAGAUAAAGAUUCUUCAUUUGAUGAUGACUCCCAGAUCCGGGGUCGAAGGUCCGAAUCAGCCUCCAGCCACUCCGAGCCUGCAGGUGGAGAUGACCGUCAAGAAAAAAGAAAAAGUCACGGUGUGUUUGGAUUCCUCAAAAAGAAGAAGGACAAGGAGCACAAAAAGGAAAGAGCCACACAUGUGUAGAAGAAGAAGGACAAGGAGCACAAAAAGGAAAGAGCCACACAUGUGUAAUGAGGUUAAACUGACUGUGUGUGUAGUCUGUGUUUUGGUGCUAUUUUUAGAUGUGUCUGAUGUGACCCAAUGUCCACAUUUUCUUUGUAUUUCUGGACAUGCACCAAAAUAUUUGAGUACAAACUUUUUUGGAUCAGAGAUUUAUUUACACAAGUUUUAUACCUAGCCUUUUUCAAACUGCUGAACUAGUUUUUGUUGGACUGGAAUCAAUCAUACACCUGCUUUUUGUAAGUUCUAAUUUUAGAAUUUUUUUAGUACUGCUGCUGUUCUAAUGAGUGCAACAAAUGCACGCAAUACAAGCAAUUGUGUCAUGGCUACAUGUCAUCCUGUCCUGACAUUGUGUCAUGGCUACAUGUCAUGUUGAACAAAGAUUUAAUAAACCACAAUCACUGUUGACAGGUUGUUUUCUCCCCAAUCUCUCUGUACAAUCAUUCAUCUGUUUGUAAAUAUUGGCUAAUCAAUCACCACAUCACCUGACAUGUGUCAGCUGUGUGACUUGCUAGAGCCCAAAACAAAACUGCUAAAUUUGUCAAGAUGGCUGGAUGUACUGAAACCUUUUUAAAAUUGAUAUAUCUUUGUCAUAUAUAUGCAACAUGUUUUACUUGAUAUAGCUAUAUCAGAUUUGUAUAUCCUGUUUUAGUCUCAUAUUUUACUUUGCUAACCAAUGGUAGUUUUAACUUUUGUCUUAUGCUGUGUACAGUAGAGCCCAGUUUUAGCAUCAUUGUCUCCCUAGUACUUAGAUUAAAGCUGGAUGGGUGGGUGUGGCCAGAUACUGCGCUGUGUUCAAACUUUGAACAAUUGACAAGUUGGAAUUUGUGAUAGUUCCAGAUCUUUCUAUCCCACAACUUGACCCAUUCAUACAACAAUUGACAAGUUGGAAUUUGUGAUAGUUUCAGAUCUUUCUAUCCCACAACUUGACCCAUUCAUACAACAAUUGACAAGUUGGAAUUUGUGAUAGUUCCAUAUCUUUCUAUCCCACAACUUGACCCAUUCAUACUUGUGUUCAUCAACAUUUCUUCCACUCCAAACUUUGGCUAUGUGAACAACAUAUGGGCAUGUACAUACAUUUUAGCAUUUAUUUUUUAUUUCUGUAUUCAUGUAAUCACUAACAUACAAAGAGAAACGUGUCCCUGGACUUAGCCGCAGAACUCAUAUUCAGCUUUUAUUUCCUUAUCAUGUGUACUUUAGUAUCCAUCUAUGUCAACAAAGCAUUAAUUAUGAUAUGCCUAAGCAUAAUAUUUUGUUAAUUUCCCGAUGUUAAUAGCAUGACAGAUUGGUGGGUGUCUACAGGUUAUUACUUGAACCUUUUAUAAGACGUGUGAUUGCUUGAUAGCACGAAUCAUCACCUAGUUUGACAUUAUUCAAGGAGCAAAAGAUUUCUCUGCUAACUCAAAUAAAGGAUUUGAAAAGUUGUUGUGUAACUGAGCGAAGUAAAGAUUAUCUCAGUUACUUGAGAGUGGUGAAGGCAGCAACCUGCUGCUCAUGGUGGGGAGUGGCAACAUCCAAUUUGUCUCAGAACUGAUGAAAACAAUUAUUUAAACAGCUGUCAUUGUCUCAUUAAACGAAAUAUUGUAUGAAUAUUGUACUGACAUUUUCUCUACAGAUUGUAAUAAAUAUAUUGAACUAAA